UUGUCACGAAUAGGUGAUAAUAAACGAUUACUAUCAGCGCGUUGUUGAUGAUUAUGACAUGAUGAGGAAUAUAAUUGGUAUGUUCCAUCUACAUGUUGUUUGGCUUUUAACUGAUAUGAACAUGCAGACAUGUUGACGGACAUGCAGAUAUGAACAUGAGAUUAUAUUCUGAACAUUUGUAUGUUAUUGAUAGAUAACUGUUGCAUGGUUCAGUACGAUAUGUACAAACAUUAUGUUGCUUAAUUAAUGUUGAAAGAUAAUCUUUAUUAAUACCUGAUGAAAGCUCUUGCCAAAUUCGACGAGACAUGGCAGAAAACAAUAGAAAAAAUAAUGCUUUGAUUUUUAUAUGAUUUUUUUACGACGAUAUGUAAUUUUUAAUAAAUGAGCGAAUAAUGUGGUGCUGAAAAACAAACGAUUUUUCCUUUUAUUCUUCCACUAACACAAUAAUAUGUUUGUCCUUAAUAGCAUCAGCAGCUGGAAUUAUUUUUAGUUGUUCUUAAUUGGCACAAAUGAUCAUAUUAAACAAUUUUCUUAAUCGGUGAUUAAUUAAGGAAAACAUGAUCAUCAAUUAAGAAAUAUUAUAUAAGAUAAAAUAUCAUCAAUUAAGCAUAUAGUGUUGUGUUAGUUAUACACUUGUGCAACAAACAAUCGAGAUCUCUUCCAUGUUUUCCAUCCAAUUAACUGAAUUGAGAUCUAUUAGACAUUUUUUCCGAGAUCCAUUUCAUGAUUUUGAAAUAAAAAAAAUUAUUUUUAAAAAUCUUUUUCAUGUUUUUUUAUACAACUAAGUCAAUCUAGAUCUAAUCCGCGGUAUUUCGGAGAUCUUUUCUCGUUUUGCCCAUAAGAGUUAAUGAAAAAAAAAUGCAAAAGAAACGAUAGAUUUUAUAUAUUUUCUCUCUUAUACAAACAUGGAAGAGAAGCUAUUUACAUUCUACGAUUGUUACGUUUGCUCCGUUUGUUGCGAUCAAAAUUUUUGGUGGCUUCCCUAUGUUAGAAAUGUGGAGCUCGAUUUGGUAUACGCAUUUCUGAGUGAAACCAACAAAUCAGGAAAACGUUAAGAGCGAAAAACUAUGAAAAGGUAUACUCUGUAGAAUUAGCAUCUUGAAACUUUUUAUUAAGCGAAUGUAUUUGCAGGCUAUAGCAUGCAAAGAUGGAGCUUGAAUUUCUCUACAAAAGGAGUAUAUAUUGUCCUGAAUGAUGACGGUUAGAGUUACUAUAUAUGACCAUAAGACCAGUAGGUACCAGUUCCGAAAUCGAGUAUCCAUCUUUGUUGUCCCCUAUCUCGAAAAAGGGAAACAGUUAGUAGCAUUGGAAAGCCCCGACUCAAACCAUGCACACCUGUCACUACCUGAUCGAAACGGAUCCUUAGGAGUGUAUACAUUAAAUUUUGAUUUUAUGAAGAGAAAGCUUAGAAGCCAGUUAAGGCCAACGAUUUGAUCGUGAGAUCAAGGCGUUUCGAGGCCUAAACUCCCGUCCUUUCUGUAUCGAUGAAAAGACAACCCGUUUCUCCCGAGUGAUCUCCCUCUCACCUUUUCCCCUCUUUCAUUCAUACUCAUGGUCUUUGUUAUUUCUUUCUUUCUUUCCUUUCGUUCAUUCUGCUCUUUUUUCCUCCCUCUUUCAUUUUCGCAUUUCACUUGCGAAGUGCUAUUUGGCUUCGCCUCUGCGCAUCUUUCUUCCAAAUAAAAAACGUAAACUAAGCCAGUUAAGAGUGGACAAAAGCACUUUUUUUGGUCCCGGUCCCGGUAGUUUGUCCCUUUAAAAAAUGUUUUUUUAAAAAAGUACUGUUUUUCAGAAAUUUGUAAAGAUGAUCGUUUUUUUUGGAUGUGAAAGUUUAGGGGCGUCUGUGAAGAAAUUUUUUCAAAGGUUCACUUUUUUUACGGUUUUUCUCGAAUUUUUCAUUUUUUUGUUGAACUUGUUUUUUACAUGGAACCGUCUUUCCGGAAAAAGUUUUUUUGGUCUCGGUCGCGGCUCAAAAAUAAUUUCGGUCCCGCAGAAUCGGAACCGUCCACCCUUAAAGUCAGUGCAACUUUCUAACAUAUCCAUAAAAAACCUUCGCUUCUGGUUCGCGAGAUAUAAUCAUCCCAAAGAUGGACAUGCAACUUCCAAACUGGCCCUUUAUUGAUCUUAUGGGCAUCAUCCAGAACGAUAAAUAUUCAUUUUUUAGCCCUGCUUAAAAGCUGCAUCUUUAUGUGUCAUCCGUUUAGAAACAAAUCAUCUAUGUAUAUAUAUAUAUUAAGUUUUUCGGUGCACAAGGCUGUCCACACUACUUAAUAUAUAUAUACGACAGCCCACACUAUCUGUCUGUUGAUAUUUUUUCCCACAACACCUAGAAUAUUUCUCUUAGUACAGAGAUUUGCUCGCGAACUUAUUUAAAAAGGUUUUGUUAGAAGUCCAGCAAAGAAAUCCAUUGCCCUACAUUUCUUUUUUUGUUUCUCUCCUCUACUAGUGACAGAGCAACAAAUUUAUUCGAUGUAAUUCCAAUUAUCUCUCAAGUUAAAUCAUGCGUUCAACUCCUCUUUGGUGAUCCUGCACAGGCAUUGAAAACGCAGGAAAAAUUUUUCAUAAAUUGUCCAAUUUUGUCACAAUGGAAAUCUUUCAUUCAAUUAGUUGAUGGAGAUCUUGGAGAAGCAUGGCGAACACAAAAAGAAUUUUUCUCUUUUUGGUUGCAAACUGCGGUUGCCUUUGCGGAAGGUACACCCGGUGUUGGCCAUAUUAUUGGUGCGCUAGCAUAUAUGGCUGGUUACCCCGAAACUGGAGAACGUGCUAUGAAAAAUGCCUCACGAACAAGUGGUGUCAUUCUCGGUGCUGCUGUUGGUCUAUUUUUUGGAGGACCUUUGGGAGCAGCGGCUGGCGCCGUCGGUGGUGGACUUUUGAUGGAUUUACUCAUCACUGGUGUUGAAUCGGCGGUCAAAAAUGAAUAUAGCCCAAAUGGAUAUCUUGCUUCUAUCGAUCAAAUUCAAAAAGAACAAGCGACCAUAGGCGAUAUUGUCGAUAUUCUCUGUGGUGUUACUGUGGAAGCAAGUAUGGCCUAUUUAUUCGCAAAACAAAGUGCACGUGUUCGUACGGCUGCGUUCGAUGAAUAUCAAAUGGAUCCAAAUAAAAUACGUUUUAGUCAGACGAGUGUUGCUGGACAAAAUGUAGAUAAUAUGGCUGCAGCGAUGAUGAAAAAUCAACACAAAGGAAAAAUGCCGUAUGUAUUUCUCUUUUACUGGUUUCUUAUGCGUACUGAAAAUGAUGUCCUCUUCAAUGUCAGAAUAUUUUAUUGA